CGCAACUCUUGCUUAUGCAUCAUGGACCGCUGUCUAAAGUUUCAUACUUGAGAAGAAACGCAAGACGAAGCAACUUCUUAGAUGACUGUGUGCUUGAGCUGUAUGUAGUUGUGUGAGAUUCUCUUUCAUUCAUACAGCGGUUUGUUUUCUCCCGCAAGGAUGUACACGGCGGGACUGAAUCCUUUUUACGCAUCGAAUUUUAGCCUUUGGACAGCGUACUGUUCGGGUGGUUUUGGGGUGGAUACCAUGAAAAAACCCUCGUUUUGCAUCGCUGACAUUCUGCACGCUGGAGAUGCGGAAAACAUCCCCGGGUCAUCGGCGCUGAUGGCUCACAUCGGCGGCCGGGCGCAGGUUCACUCGUCGGGCUCUCCUCUGCGCCCGUCUCCGGUGGCUCCUGACGCGCGUCUCCACCCCGCGUCUGCGUAUCACAGGCACGGAAUACACCUGACAUCUGUGUCCAGAUGUCCGAUUAACGCGCAGUCCGCGCCUCCGCCGUGCAGUAAAGACCUUAAGUUCGGCAUCGAUCGGAUAUUAUCCACAGAUUUCGAGCACAAAUCCAAAGACUCCUCAUCAAUGCGAGAUCUCGCAUCGAUUGUUAGUCUGAAUCGGCAGUCAGGAGUCCAUGUCUCUGCCAGCGCGUACUUCGCGUCCAUAGACCCGACCAUGAGCGAAACCUCCUCCAUGAUGGGUUCAAUAAGCAAUGCCGCCAGACAAACAGGGCAACAUCAGUUUCAGGACACCUUCCCAGGGCCGUAUGCGGUGCUAUCCAAAGACUCCAUGCCACAGACAUACAAGAGGAAGAGAUCUUGGUCCAGAGCGGUGUUCUCCAACCUCCAGAGAAAAGGACUUGAAAAGCGUUUUGAAGUCCAGAAGUAUGUGACAAAACCGGACAGAAAACAACUGGCUGCGAUGCUCGGCCUCACCGAUGCACAGGUCAAAGUUUGGUUCCAGAACCGACGGAUGAAAUGGAGACACUCCAAGGAGGCUCAGGCCCAGAAAGACAAAGACAAAGACAAAGAACAGCCGGACAAGUCCACGACCGAGGCCGAACCCAAAGAGCGCGAUGAUUCUGAAUGCGAAAGCGAACCGAGCGAAUCUGAAUUCGAAGACGGGCCGGAGGACAAAAGCGACGUGGACAUUUGUGAACUGAAUAAAACCGGUGUGAUUAUCCCAUGCACGAGCACAGAGGACACGACAAACCCCACGACAGAAGCGAACACAGCCACACAAAUACUGCUGUGAGGAACCACGAUCACAAGCAUCACCACGUCUUACAAUACACAACACAAACAGACAAGCUUGAGCCACAGAGACUCGUGAAGGAAAACAUUUGCUCUUAACACAACCGUUUGACCUUCUACGUGACGAUUUGGAAAUCGAAUGUUCAUGAAUUCAGACUGUUGAUAAACUUGACUGUAUUAUAUUUUUCGUCUGUAAGUAUUUGCACUGAAAAUGUAAAUAAAGUUUGUUAUUGUUCCAAGUGG